GCUGUGGCUAUGCCUCGCCUCUGACUCGCUGCCCCCGGCGCUGGGUCCCGGGCCGGGAGCCGCAGCGCCGCGCCGCGCGGGAGAGAAGAUGGCCCUGGACAAACUCUGCUCGGUGCUGGAAGUGUUGUUAAUAACAAUACUUGUAGUGGAAGGGAUUGCUGUGGCACAGAAGACACAAGGUGGGCAGAAUAUUGCCGUGAACCACAUACCAUCUACCCAGUGUGACAACUGGGUUCGGACAAGCAAUGGAGGCCAUUUUGCUUCACCAAACUAUCCUAAUUUGUACCCACCAAACCAGGAGUGUAUCUACAUUUUAGAAGCUGCUCCACGCCAAAGAAUUGAGUUGACCUUUGAUGAACCUUAUUACAUAGAACCCUCAUUUGAAUGUCGAUUUGAUCACCUUGAAGUUCGAGAUGGGCCUUUUGGUUUUUCCCCUCUCAUUGAUCGUUACUGUGGCCUGAAAAGUCCUGCACUAAUUAGAUCAACAGGGAGGUUUAUGUGGAUAAAGUUUACUUCGGAUGAGGAGCUAGAAGGAGAGGGAUUUCAAGCAAAAUACUCAUUUAUACCAGAUCCAGACUUCACUUACCUAGGAGCAAGUUAUAUGUUCUUUCUAGACUGCCAAUUUGAGCUUUCAGGCGCUGAUGGAAUAGUACGUUCCAGUCAAGUAGAACAAGAAGAGAAAACAAAACCUGGACAAGCAAUUGACUGCAUAUGGACAGUUAAGGCUACUCCAAAUGCUAAGAUUUAUUUGAGAUUCCUGGACUACCAAAUGGAGCACUCAAAUGAAUGCAAGAGAAACUUUGUAGCUGUGUAUGAUGGAAGCAGUUCCAUUGAAAACCUGAAGGCAAAGUUUUGCAGCACAGUAGCAAAUGAUGUGAUGCUGCAGACUGGAACAGGAGUGGUACGGAUGUGGGCAGAUGAGGGUAGCAGACUCAGCAGAUUUAGAAUGCUGUUCACUUCAUUUGUCGAUCCUCCAUGUUCAGGCAGCACUUAUUUUUGCCAUAGCAACAUGUGCAUCAAUAAUUCUUUGGUCUGCAAUGGCAUUCAAAACUGUGCAUACCCUUGGGAUGAAAAUCAUUGCAAAGAGAAGAAAAAAACUGGACUGUUUGAACAAAUCACCAAAACUCAUGGAACCAUCAUUGGCAUUACUUCAGGGAUAGUUUUGGUUCUUCUCAUAAUUUCAAUUCUGGUGCAAGUAAAGCAGCCUCGCAAAAAGGUUAUGGCCUGCAAAACUGCUUUUAAUAAAACCGGCUUCCAAGAAGUAUUUGAUCCGCCGCAUUAUGAACUGUUCUCAUUAAGGGAUAAAGAGAUUUCUACAGACUUGGCUGACUUAUCAGAAGAACUUGAGAACUAUCAGAAAAUGAGACGCUCCUCUACUGCUUCGAGAUGUAUUCAUGACCAUCACUGUGGCUCUCAAGCUUCCAGUAUAAAACAAAGCAGGACCAACCUCAGUUCCAUGGAACUUCCUUUCCGCAAUGAUUUUGCGCAACCUCAGCCAAUGAAAACAUUUAAUAGCACCUUCAAGAAAAGUAGUUACACAUUUAAACAGGCCCAUGACUGCCCUGAGCAGGUCAUAGAAGACAGAGUGAUGGAGGAGAUUCCUUGUGAAAUUUAUGUGAGAGGACGAGAGGAUGCUGCACAAGGCUCAUUAUCUAUUGACUUUUAAUCUCCUGCUAAAGGUGAAAUUGGUAUGUGUGGCUGUGUAUCUGACAUGCACACCGUAUAUAUAAAUAUACUAUUGUAGUGUGUAUAGGUAUACACACUUUUUAGCUUACUGUAUCCAAUUCUUUUUUUUAAAGAAAAGAUCUUCGUAACCAAUAAUUGUUGCAGUGGUGGACUUUGCCCUCAUCCCCCCACAAGCUGCCACUUCGAUUGAGCAACAGAAGAAGAUUUUACAUGGGAACUAUUAAGAAUAUUUUUAACUAAAUCUGACAAUUACUAGAUUAUUUUUCUGUUCUCCCUUUGAUAUUAUUUCUUUUCCUUGGUUAAAUAGUUGGUUUUCAGGCCAACAGUUUUAACUAGCUUAAGUAAAUAAGUGGUUAAAGGCACCACCUAUUUUGACAUGUCUUAUCAUAAUUUAUCAAAUUGCAGCUAGAGUUACCGUGGUAAGUGCCCAUUAAGACGAGUUAUAUUACAUCCACCUGUUGCAUCUUGACUAGUUUUUAUAUUGCUGCCUUUAAUUAUUGGCUCCUUAGUCUCUGUGUUGUGAGAAAUGUGAAAUGGUCUGUUGCCUUUUAACAGUAUUAUCUUUGCUAUAUUCAUUUUAGUAUCUUUGGGAAUAUAUGGCUUUCGCAGUUUGUGGAUAAGAUUUAACCCAAUUGUCAAGUAUGUCUUUUUAGACACAGACUUUACACAAUGGCAUCUUUCAAGAAGAUGUAGAUUUUCAAAAGCAUAGGGUGGGCCAAUUUCUGCUAUGUGUUACAGCCAUGCAACUCUGGCUCUGUCUUUUUUCCUAUUACAUGCAUAAAGAAACUCCAUUGACUGUUCUAUAUAUUUGUCUCCUGUAGUGAUCCUAAUGCUAUAUUCCUUAUGCAGCGCGCACGCACACCCUCCCACCCCCACUGAAAUCUAGGCCUAAUACUCAAUUGGUGUCUUAAUUGCACAAAAAGUACAGGAUGAAGCCUGGUACAUGUUACACUGAGAUCUAUGUGAUAACUAAGGUGUAUGAAAUUGUUGAGGACAGAGAAAUCUGAAAGUAGCUGAAUGAACCUUUUAGCACUUAAGACUAUCACAUUUUUCUAGCACUUGUGUCCAUGGUGCAAAAAUGCACAUUUCAUAUUUUUUAAAUGGCAGGUUAGACCUUGUUUUUUACAGCACAAGACAAUUUGUAAAAUAACAGUUCUAAUGGAUUUUUUUAGACUUGAUAUAAUUUGAUACUAAUACAAACUGUUUAUUAAAUCAAGAUUUAACACCUGUACAGUAAGCCUCUUUCAGUGUCCCCAUUAGCAGCAUUGAAUAACAAGUCAGUGCUUGGUGUGUACAGUGUAACCUGUAAAGAAUACUUAAUGACAUACAGUAGCCUUUCUACUCCCUGAUUUGUUUGGAUUUAUUUUUUUUGUUUGUUUACACAGGAACUGUUACUUUUUCACUAAAUGUGACCUUACAGUUCUCAGUUACUGGACAUAUGAUAAUUUUGUCUUAAUACAGGAUCAGUUUUUUGUUGUGCUGACUGCAAUGAAAUUUAAUUCAGUUACUGGAGGUUUCUGCACUGCAAGGACAUAUCAAUUGCUGGGAAUGUGUGUAAAACAUAUUUUCCUUUUUAAGAUUAAAACAAAUGAGACUUAAUUGCUGGUGUCCUGCUGAGGUAUGAUGUGAUGGUGGCAAACAAAACUAUUAUUUCUGUUCCUUUAUAGCAAUGGUGUUUAGUUAAAGUUAGGAACACUCAUUCUCUGUUUUGCUUUAUUACAAGCAAGAUGAAGUUGAUACUGAAUCCAAGAAUCAGAACAUCUGUUAGACUGCGCAUACCAUUUCUAUCAAAGCAAUGCAAUCAGGCUUAGUUUACCUAAUAGAGAUGGACAGUAAAUGAGAGUGCAGACAUUCAUUGAAAUGUUAUCCAUAAGAUUUUCAGCUGUCUUAAGAAAAUAACAGUAAUUAUCUCAGCCUGAAUUCCAUUUCCCAUGAAACAAAACACUGAUACCCACUUAGCAUUUCUCUUUGGGGCCAAUCAGAAUUCUGAGAACAGGGAUUUGAAAAAAGAAUCCAGUAUCUUGGGUUAGUGAUAAGUCUUUUUUGGCUUUAAUUAAAAAAAAAAACAGCACAACCUUUCAGAUGCUUACAACUUAAAGGAUCACACAGCCCUGUUCCCACUGUCUUUCCUAUCCACUCAUUUUUGCAAUAUUUUGAUUUGUUCUCACUACAUGUUUCAUGUAUGUAGACAGCAUCAGAAUUUGGCCAGAUAUGAUUUUCCCCAGACAGUGAGCAGUCAUCACUAAAAAGCCAACAUUUACUGAGCAGUAGUACCUGUGAUACUGCCAUCUAUUCCAUGGGUGGCCAAACUUACUGACCCCCCAAGCUGCACCCAACAGUCUUCAGAAAUUCGAGAACCAGGGCACACCUGCCAGAGCUUGGGCCUUCUGCCCCACAGGAGGCACCUGCUGAAGCCCCAAAGCUGCCCUCCCUGCUGGGCAAAAGCCCCAUCCUGCUGCAAGGCAGAGGUCCUAAAUCUGGUAAGUGGAAAAUGGAGCCGGUGUGGGCAGGGGGCUCUAUGAGCCACAAUUUUGGCCACCCCAAUCUAUACCUUGUUACUGAGAUAGCUUAAACAUCACACUGCUACUGUCUGUUGCAUGAUUUACUGCUUGUUUACUGGCCCUACAAUUUUUUACCCUUUAAUACAUAUAUAAGAGGAACAAUCCAGGACUCUUGUCAGAGGUGCAUGCAGGUAUCUAGAGUUGUAUAUAGCUAUGAUUCAUCAUGAUACUAAAGUGCCACAGGGUCAACUCAAAUUUGACACAGAGACCAACUCUGAACUGCUGCAGCAUUUCAAGGAUCACAGGAAUCUUUAAUUUAUACAAGAAAAAUGAUAUUUUCUUGCUUCAGAAGAACAUGGUCUUCAUCCUGUGUACUAAGGACAAAGGAGCAGUAUACAUUCAAUACCCAAUUAAAGUGAGAGAAGAGCUAUGAUUUGCAUAAAAAACUCUUUAUAAGAACAUCUGUGCUAAAAUUCACAUUUUUAUGUACUGAAAAGCCUACCUUAUCCGUCUGUUAGUGACUUUCCUAACUGUGCAAAGACCUAUGUAUCAACAGUGAUAUAGGGAAAAGACACUUCCAGUCUUAAUAAAUCAUACAUCAGUGCAUGGGUGGAUUACUCAACUUUCCUAUUUAGCUAAAGUGCUGCAAAUAUCUCAUGCUCUACUGCCUAUAUGCUCCACCAACACUGUCCAAGUAGUACUUGUCACUGGUGACUGAAAAGCCAAAGUGAAGUUGAGACUAGAGGAGUGUGAAAUUGAGAAACUUCAAUUCAGAAGGGCUCAUGCAAAUAUUUUAUUCAACUGUGAUCUUCCCUUGUUUUCAGCUCUGCUUUUCAGAUGCAAAUAUACUCAUGCCAAAAUUCAGACAAAGCCACUUACUCUCACCUGCUUUCAACACAAAUCCAUGUAUCACCUCAAAGCUUGCUGAUUUCACCCAAUGAAAGGUUCCAAUCACUAACAAAGCCAAACGUAUACAAGUUACACCGUACACAAGUUAAGACUACUCUAACUGUAACCCAUUGGAGCAGUUAAAUGUAUGUAGUAUUAACAGCUGUAAAUUACUUAUCUAUAAAAAAAUCUACUUAGUCA